AUGGCGGAUUAUCAUUUCGUGUACAAGGACGUUGAAGGAACGUCGACACAAUGGGACGAUAUCCAGCGGAAAUUGGGGAAUCUCCCGGAGAAAGCUCCGGUAUUCAAACCGGAGGCUUAUACUCCGGCAAAAGACGAGUCUUCAGCUCCUAAGGAUCAGGCAUGGUUCGAUGAGAAGACAGAGGAGGAGCUUGAGGAUCUUGAGGACGACAAAGAUCUCGAGGAUAAUCGCUUCCUCGAAGAAUACAGGAAGAAGAGGUUAUCGGAGAUGAGAGAAGCUGCUAAAGUUAGAAGGUAUGGAACAGUGACUCCCAUCUCGGGAUCUGAUUUCGUGCGGGAGGUUACGCAAGCUUCUGCUGAAGAUUGGGUUGUUGUAUGCCUCUACAAAGAUGGUUUCGCACAGUGUGGCUUGCUAUUGGGUUGUCUAGACGAAUUGGCUAGCAGAUACCCGGCAACAAAGUUUGUUAAGAUAAUAUCCACUGAUUGUAUUCCGAACUACCCCGAUUGCAAUCUUCCUACCUUGCUGGUGUAUCACCAUGGCGCGGUCAAAGGAACCCACGUAGGCAUGAAGAGCUUUGGCCGUAGGUGCACCCCAGAGAGUGUAGCCUUAGUUCUGUGUCAGUCAGAGCCAGUUCUUAACGAUGGCAAAGGAGGAGACGAUGAAUCCUCGAGGGAAGCUGUGAUGGCUGGAGUUCGAAGACAGUUCAUAGAACGAGUGGUGAAAGACCACGAAGAUAAGGAUAACGAUGAUGAUGGUUACAAUAGCGACUAG